AUGGCAUUCAAAUUCCUGGCAGUUGUCGCUUUCCUGGCCGUCGCCAGCGCUCAGCACUACGACCCGCACCACUACCAGCCACAGUACCACCAGUACCACCACGAGCCGGCCGUCGUCAAGACGAUCCAGCCUGCGCUGAUCAAGACUGUCCAGCCUGCCCUGGUUAAGACCGUCAAGCACAUCGAGUACCCCGAGGCCCCGGCCGAGUACCAGUUCCAGUACUCCGUCCACGAUGACCACACCGGAGACAUCAAGAGCCAGCAGGAGGAGCGCCACGGAGAUGACGUCAAGGGACAGUACACCCUGAUCGAUGCCGACGGUCAUCGUCGUAUCGUCGACUACACCGCCGAUGAGCACAACGGCUUCAACGCCGUCGUCCGCCGUGAGCCUCUGGAGGGCCACAAGAUCGUCAAGACUGUCGCCAAGGUCCCGGUCGCCAAGGUGUACGCCGCCCCGAUCGCCAAGGUUCUUGCCCCGGUCCACUACAGCCACCAGCCCCACUACGAACAGCACUACUAA